UGUUGUCAUACGGUUCCAACUUGCUUCCAACUACCUCCAACUGCCCAAAACGCUUCGAAUUCGAUUAGUCGAAAGCUUAAUAGGCCCGUGGGAGGUCGAUACAAAGUGGUUAGCUGGUGACUUGAAGAAAGUAGUGCUCUCAGAUAACCAGAAGACUAUUGUCGAUUCCAUUCGCUAACGGAAAAUCGAUAAGAGCCUACGAGGAUAGUGCGUUCCAUAGUGAAACUUAGUGCAAAGUGCCUUCUAUACUGAGUUCGCAAGAUGUCCGAGGAAAAUGGCGAGACAAAGUUCGGCUUUAAGGAUAAAGCGAAGGCAGAGGAAACCCUGCAGCUUCUGGAGAGCCACGAUAUGCAGUACAGGAAGUUAACGGUGCGGGGCCUUCUGGGAAGGGCGAAGCGAGUGUUAUCAAUGACCAAGGCUGAAGAUAAAAUUAAAAAUAUCAAUGAAGCAAUUGAAGUGUUCGCGAAAUGGUUAGACGUGCACGGAGGCGGUUCGAACAAGAGCGCGAAGCCGGAAAACAACGACAAGGCCGACACAGUUCCUGGACUUUGCUUUAAGGAUAAGGAAGCGGCUGAGAAGACGUUGAAGAUACUUGAAGGACGUGAUCCAGACUAUCAACGUCUUGCUGUUAAAGGAUUAAUUGGAAGUUCAAAGCGCGUACUUUCCGGCACAAAGAAUGAGGAUAAAAUUAAAGCUAUCAAAGAGGGCGUUCAAGUCCUGGAAGAUUUCCUUGAAAAGUUUGAAACAGAGAACAUGAUGCAGCACAAUAGGCCGUACCUUGCCUACUCUCUUAUCGAACAAAUUCCCACCAAACCAACAGAUAAACUUAUCAAAGAGUUCCUUGAAGUAUAUGGUGGGAAAGCAAAGGGGAAUUACAAACAUUUGCGCACCCUCUUCCCAGAAGAAGAUGAUUCGACGUCAUGGGAUAUCGUGCGGAACAAGCAUUUGAAAGAGCUAAAUGAAGAAGUAAGAAGUAAAGGGAUCAAGCUGUUUACCGAAAAUUGGGCACCAAGUGAAAUUCAUCUGAAGAUGAUCCAUUGGGCAUACACUCCAAUGCCUGAUAGACUUAAAACUUAUGUUGAGGGAUUGAAGUCAUCACCAAAAGCAAAGAAGAGGAAGACUUCUUCCAGUGACGAAUCAGAUGAAGCAUCGCCGAAAAAGCAAAAAGUUUAGAUUUAGGUUUUGUACUUAUUAUUUCCAAAUACAAAUUUAUUUUUGAAAA